UGUUGUUUCACUAGAAUGGAAACUGUGCAGCCUAGACAAAUUAAUUAUUCAUUGACGUCUUGCAAGUUCUUAAAACUAUUCAUUCACCGUCAAGAAAUAACGAGGGUAUGGCCGCUCACGGCUAUUGCAAUUGAACACAAUAUAAAUCUAUUGGUUUUAACUGUGUGUAGAAAGCUGAAACCACUGGCAGAUGGUUUGCGUAUCAGGGUUGCAAGAAUGAUUUGGUGUUUGUGGAAUUUUGGUGUCCUUCUUCUUUCAUGUGGUCUGACGUACUCCCAGGGAUGUACAUCAACAAUAUCCUAUACUAAAUGGGUUCUUCAAUACAAGUCACCAAACUACCCGAUGUACCAACCAAACCAGGACCUGUGUUGGACUGUUACCGUAUCUAAUGGCAAUACGCUCGAAGUGACGUUGAUGGAUUUUGCUAUGAGUGGAUACUUAGAGAAAGAUAGCCUCAAAGAGAGCUGCGCCACAGCUACGGAUUGGCUUGAUUUGAGGGACGGCAAUUCGCAAAAUUCUACACUUCUAAAGCGACUUUGCGGCUGGAAUGUUCCUACGUCACCAAUAUUAACGACUGCAAACACUUUGUUUAUACAUAUGCACACUGAUGCAACGGGAAACCACCGUGGCUUCAUUCUGGAAUACAAAGGAGUUUGCACGUUAAGAAUGAAAAAUACGCAAGGGCGUGUCGAGUCUCCUAAUUACCCAAACGAUUACCCCAGUUCGAGCAACUGUGGAUGGUUUAUUGAUUUUGGGCCUGGCAUAUAUGUAGAAAUACAGUUCACUGUAUUCCUCCUUGAAGAACAGAGCACAUGCUCAUUUGACUAUGUAAGUCUUCAUGAUGGACCAAAUUUGACCUCUCCGAGACUUAAUGGGACAACAACCUAUUGUGGUGCAUCAAAACCGCCAACAACUACGCAUCUUGGUCCAUUGACAGUGCAUUUCAAAUCUGAUAAGGACACAGCAGAUAAGGGAUUUUCAGCGACAUACAGGACAUGGGAUUACAAUGAGUGCGAGAAAGCUGAUUCAUGUCAUAAAGAUGCAAUUUGCACAAAUACAUUUGGAUCCUACACUUGCAAAUGCAAACACAGCUACACCGGGGAUGGCAAAUCGUGUAUUUGGUAUCGAGAAUUCGAUGAGUGCAGCACAGGAAACCACAACUGUCAUGAAAAUGCAGUUUGCAUCGAUACAAGGGAAGAGUUUAUAUGCAGAUGCAAGACUGGGUUCACAGGAAAUGGGACAAAAUGCUAUGAUACGGACGAAUGUGCACUCAGUCUUUGCCAUCCAAAUGCAACCUGUACAAAUUCCAUUGGAUCAUAUACUUGUGAAUGUAUUAGUGUGUACACUGGCGAUGGAAUUUCAUGUCAAGAUCUGAACGAAUGCGAUACAGGAGCACAUGGCUGUCAUGCUAAUGCAGACUGCAUAAACACAGAUGGAUCGUAUGGAUGUAAAUGUAAAAUUGGCUAUAUUGGUGAUGGAAAUCUUUGCACAGAUUCUGACGAAUGUGUAACAGACACACAUAAUUGCCAACGCAACACAACGUGCGUGAAUACCAUUGGCUCAUUUCAAUGUCAAUGUCUUGAAGGAUAUACAGGUGAUGGGAAAUAUUGUACAGAUAUUGACGAAUGUAAGGACAAUUUUACUUGUAGUGAAAAUGCUACUUGUGUCAAUAGAAUCGCCUCUUUUCAAUGUGAGUGCAAAGGAGGUUUCACUGGCAAUGGUAACACUUGCCUCGACAUAGAUGAAUGCACUUAUCGAAACAGCUGCCAUAACAAUGCCAGUUGUAGUAAUACGGCUGGAUCAUAUCAAUGCUUUUGUCUUGAUGGCUAUACUGGUGACGGGAAAAUUUGCAAUGAUAUUGAUGAAUGUAUUAUUAAUGCUCACAACUGCAAUCUGAAUGCCCACUGCAGAAAUACAAUCGGGCGUUACAGUUGUUCGUGUUUUGAAGGCUUUUUUGGCGAUGGUCUUUCUUGCAAAGAUGUAGAUGAGUGCACGACUGGUGCAAGCAGCUGUCACUCUAAUGCUACCUGUGAAAACACACAAGGUUUCUAUGCUUGUUCGUGCAGAAAUGGAUUCCGUGGUAAUGGAACAAGUUGUGUUGAUAUUGAUGAAUGCUCUGAUUCUAGCAAUAAGUGUAGUGAACACGCAGUUUGUAAAAACUCGCUUGGCUCUUUUAAUUGCUUCUGCAACAGUGGGUAUUCGGGAGAUGGAAAUGUUUGCAUUGAUAUAGAUGAAUGCUCUCAAAGUAGUCAUACUUGUCAUCCAAAUGCAGUUUGCCACAACAACCAAGGCUCAUUCUCCUGUCAAUGUAAACAGGGCUAUACUGGAGAAGGCGAAGUUUGUAGCGAUGUGAAUGAAUGUGAGCUACACAUUGCUACUUGUUCUGCUAAUGCAGAUUGCUACAAUGAACAAGGAAAUUUUACCUGUUCAUGUAAAUACGGUUAUACAGGAAAUGGUUUAAUUUGCAAUGAUAUUGAUGAAUGUGUAAUAGGCACGAAUAAUUGUCACAGCCAUGCAGUGUGCCUUAACACUGCAGGGUCAUUUACAUGCCAUUGCGAUGAAGGGUAUGUUGGUGAUGGCCUGAGCUGUUCCGACCAAGACGAGUGCAAAGUUGGCAGUCAUCUAUGUCAUCUUUAUGCAAAUUGUACAAACACAGCUGGGUCGUAUUUUUGCAAUUGCUCUUCAGGUUUUGCGGGAAAUGGAACAGAAUGUUUUGAUACCAAUGAAUGUUAUAUGUCAGUUCACAACUGUAACCCACAUGCCAUUUGUCAAAAUACAUAUGGGAGCUAUUCAUGCUUUUGUUCUGUUGGUUACAAUGGGAACGGUUUGAAUUGCACCGAUAUCAAUGAAUGCAAAGAGGUGUCACAUAACUGUCAAAAUAACAGUAACUGUUUUAAUACGCAAGGCUCGUUCUACUGUCAGUGUAAGCCAGGCUUCACUGGGGAUGGUAUUCGGUGUAACGAUAUUGACGAAUGCUAUUUAGACAAACAUAGCUGUGAUGUUAAUGCAUCAUGCAAAAAUACACAAGGCUCGUACCAGUGUCAUUGCAACGAUGGCUUUUUAGGGAAUGGUCUCAUUUGUGCUGAUUAUGAUGAAUGCAAGAAAGGGACACACGUAUGUCACAGUAGUGCAAACUGUUCCAAUACCAUUGGCUCCUAUGAUUGUAUUUGCACUUCAGGGUAUACCGGAAACGGUGUUAACUGCUCAGAUAUAGAUGAGUGUGCAAAUGAAUUGCAUAGCUGCAGUGAGCAUGCAGUUUGCAUCAACACACCAGCAGCAUAUAUAUGCAAUUGUAAGGCGGGCUUUAAAGGUAAUGGCUAUGCUUGUACUGAUAAGGACGAAUGCCUUGAUAACUCGCACAAUUGCGAUUUUCAUGCCAAUUGCUCUAAUGUACAAGGAGGUUUCACAUGCAAAUGUUUUCUCGGCUAUACUGGCAAUGGUACUCACUGCUUUGACUUCGACGAAUGCACUACCAAUGCGCACUUGUGCCACUCUGAGGCUGUCUGUAUGAAUACUGAAGCCUCCUAUUAUUGCAAUUGUAGAAAUGGUUUUAUUGGGGAUGGAUACGACUGUUUUGAUGUUAACGAGUGUCAUUCUUAUAGCCACAACUGUCACAUUAAUGCAUAUUGCCUUAACAGCAAAGGAUCGUUUGAGUGUUUAUGUAACAAGGGAUUUGAAGGCAAUGGAACAAAUUGCAAUGAUGUUAAUGAGUGUGAGAACAGUGCACAUAUGUGUCAUUAUAAUGCAAGUUGCAUAAAUAAAAAUGGUUCAUACGUUUGCAAAUGCAUGGAAGGGUUGUCUGGUGACGGAAAAUGGUGCACUGACAUCAAUGAAUGCCUUUUGGGAGCUCAUUAUUGCCAUAGCCGAGCAUUUUGUACAAACAAUCAUGGGUCUUUUCAAUGUACUUGCUUAGCAGGGUUUCACGGUGAUGGCAUCCAUUGUAAAGAUAUUGAUGAAUGUAAACGAGAGCCAUAUCCUUGUAGCAUUAAUGCUUCAUGCAAGAAUGCAAAUGGCACAUAUAGCUGCCAAUGCAACCAAGGCUAUAGUGGCAACGGUACAGAGUGCAAAGAGAAGAAUCCAGGAUCUUAUGUAUGCGAAUGUAAACAUGGAUAUAAUGGAACAGGCACAAUCUGUGAAGAUAUGGAUGAAUGUCUUCUUGGAAACCACAAAUGCCAUCCUCAAGGGAAAUGCAGCAAUAUGGCUGGUUCUUAUAACUGUAGCUGUUUAAGUGGGUUUCAAGGCAAUGGAUUUGAAUGCAAGGAUGUCGAUGAAUGCCUGGCAGGCAUACAUAGUUGUGAUGAGAAUGCCAACUGUCUUAAUGCUAUAGGUACUUAUAACUGCACUUGCGAAAAUGGCUACGUGGGUAGUGGGCUCAGUUGCCGUGAUUUAAAUGAAUGUGCUGAAAUGCUGCACAACUGUCAUAGAAAUGCAUUGUGCACCAAUUUUCCUGGUAAUUUUAGUUGCACGUGUUUGUCUGGGUUUACAGGCAAAGGGACUGAUUGCGUUGAUAUUGAUGAAUGUGACACAAAGCAUCACUUAUGUCACCAGAAUGCAACUUGUCAGAAUGCUAUUGGCUCAUACAAUUGCAGUUGUGUUACUGGCUUUUCUGGUAACGGUACACAUUGCUAUGAUAAUAAUGAAUGCAAUAAAGCUACCCAUGCAUGUCACUCGCAAGCUACUUGUGCAAACACUGUGGGCUCAUACCUUUGCAGAUGCAUCAAUGGCUUUAGCGGUAAUGGCACUUUUUGUCGUGAUGUUAACGAAUGCCGUGAUGGUGUGCAUAGAUGCCAUGCUGAUGCAGUUUGCAUCAAUACGCCAGGCUCAUACAAAUGCACCUGUAUGAAAGGAUUUGAGGGUAACGGGUAUGUAUGUGGUGAUAUUAACGAGUGCCAAAGCGAAAACAAUUGCAGUGACCAAGGACAGUGCUCUAAUACUAAAGGAAGUUACUCUUGUAGUUGCAACGAUGGUUACCUUGGAGAUGGAAUGAUCUGCAAUGAUACAAAUGAGUGUGAGUUUGGCUUGCAUAAUUGCAGCAGUAGAGCAUCUUGUAAAAACAACGAAGGAUGGUACACAUGUGCUUGCCUUAACGGCUUUACAGGUGAUGGAUUAACGUGUAUCGAUGUAGACGAGUGUCGUGAACAGCUCCAUUCAUGUCAUAUCAAUGCGUCUUGUUUAAAUACUGUUGGAUCGUUUGCAUGUUCUUGCAAGAACGGUUUUCAGGGAACUGGAGCAUCUUGUGAGGAUGUAAACGAAUGCAAAAUCCAUCUUAAUAAUUGUAGUAGUCAGUCUACAUGCAAAAACACGAUGGGCUCCUAUGCAUGCACAUGCAAGCUGGGAUAUACUGGAAAUGGUUUCUCUUGUAGUGACAUUGACGAAUGUUCCCUUCGCCUUCAUGCCUGUCAUGUCAAGGCUCACUGUUUGAAUACAGAUGGUAGCUUCUCGUGUGUUUGCUUAGAAGGCUACUUUGGAAAUGGAUCGCAGUGUUAUGAUGUGGAAGAGUGCAAACUACAAACGCAUAAUUGCUCUAGAUAUGGGCAGUGCUUAAACAGUCCCGGAGGUUACUCUUGCACUUGUAAUCGUGGAUUUACAGGGACGGGAUUUGAGUGUAUAGAUCGUGAUGAAUGUCUUGAUUCUAUUCAUAAUUGUGACUUGCUUGCAAGCUGUAUUAAUUCGGUUGGCUCCUACACCUGCAAAUGCAAGUCUGGGUUUACUGGGAAUGGAAACGUAUGCUCAGAUAUAGAUGAAUGUGCAGUUGGGCUGCAUAACUGUCACAACAAUGCUGCUUGUCAGAACUUGGAUGGAAAUUUUUCAUGCAGUUGCAUAAUGGGAUACAGUGGAGAUGGCGUGAAUUGUUCUGAUAUUGACGAGUGCUUUGGUGGAAAGAACAUUUGCCAUGCAGAUGGUUUAUGUGAAAAUUCACAAGGGUCAUUUUUAUGUUCUUGCAAGCCUGGUUUCACUGGCAACGGAACUUUUUGUCAAGAUAUUGAUGAAUGUGCAGAGAAUAUAAAUUCAUGUCAUGCUGACGCAGUAUGUGAUAAUCAAUAUGGAUCUUUUUCCUGCUUCUGCAAAGGUGGAUAUUCAGGCAAUGGAUCAUCUUGCAAAGAUAUUGACGAAUGCAAAAACAGAUCUCACUUUUGUCAUAUCGACAGCACUUGCACAAAUACCAAGGGAUCGUUUCUAUGCAUGUGUGACACUGGGUAUACCGGAAAUGGGUCAUACUACCAAGAUAUAAAUGAAUGCACAAACGGUUUGCAUCACUGCAACGAAAAGUCUGUUUGUCACAAUGCAAAAGGCUCUUUCUCAUGCACAUGUAUGCAAGGGUAUUCUGGCGAUGGAAAAGAAUGCAAUGAUAUCGAUGAAUGCACAAUUGGCUUGCACUCUUGCAACGAGUUUGCACAUUGCAGCAAUCUAAACGGAUCUUUCUCGUGUCAUUGUCGAAAUGGUUAUAAAGGAUCUGGAAUUUCAUGUUUAGAUCUAGAUGAAUGUUUACAAGGAACACAUACUUGUGAUUCAAAUGCCAUAUGUUUGAAUAAGAUAGGCUCCUUUCGAUGUACAUGCAGAGCUGGCUACGCAGGAGAUGGGAGAAGCUGCGUCGAUACCAAUGAAUGUCAAGAUACUUCUCAUGGCUGCCACCUUAAUGCAUCAUGUAGCAACACAAAAGGGUCAUACACUUGCCACUGCGCUGCUGGAUUCUCUGGUGAUGGAAGAUACUGCGCAGAUAUUGACGAAUGCAAAGGUAGGAUGCACAGUUGCCAUGCCGACGCAGUUUGUCACAACUCCAUUGGCUCAUUCAUCUGCUCUUGUCGCACUGGUUUCCAUGGGAAUGGAAGUUUUUGUACAGAUACCAAUGAGUGCUAUUUAAAGAAUCCAUGUGGCCCAAAUGCUGUGUGCAAUAACACAAAGGGAUCAUUUAACUGCACAUGUUUGGAUGGCUUUGAAGGUGACGGCUUUGUAUGCAAUGAUAUUGACGAAUGUCUUACCGGCACUCAUUUGUGCCAUCGGCAGUUUGGUAUCUGCACCAAUUCGGCUGGUUCCCAUACAUGCACUUGCAGAGCCGGCAUGAGCGGAGAUGGGAAAAAUUGCAAAAAAUUGAUCAAAUCGUACCGUGUGGUAACUUCUCUCCUUGGCAUUCGAUGGAAUAAAGCAUUUCGCAAUAAGGCAUCAACUGCAUUCAAGAACUUGCAGCGGCAUAUAGAAGAACAGGUAAAAAGUGUGUACUAUCUGGAUACCCUAUUUUCAUCCAUCGAAGUCGUCAGUUUCAGAUUUGGUUCUGUCCUUGCAACGUUUGAUAUCAACUUUUAUCCAAAUGCAACCCACCCAAAUGCUAAGUUAAAAGCCACAAUCAGUAGAGGAAUCAUCGGGACAUUAAAAGUGAACCCGGAUUAUUUAGUCAUCAAAGAACUUGGCUUUUGCUCGCCACCUUGCUCCGAAGAUGCUGUAUGCCUUAAAUCAAAUGAUCGUACUUUCUGCAAAUGUACUGAUGGUUAUGCUGGUAAUGGGAAAAUUUGCACAGAUGUAAACGAAUGCAGCGUUGUGAAUGGCGGUUGCAGCCAUAUUUGUAGCAAUGAAAAUGGCACCUAUGCUUGUUCCUGCAACAGAGGGUUUUCUCUUCAUGGCGAUGAUAAAUCUUGCAUUUCCAAUGCUGGUGGAUCAUUCUGCCAAACUGAGUGGCAGCAAAAUCUCAAAUGGCGUACAGCUGUUCCGAAUGAUUUAAUCACGCAAGAUUGUCCUUCUAGGCACUCUGGCACUGCUUCAAGGUUAUGUUUAAAAGCAGGCAAAUGGGACGUCCCUGUUAUGACAAAAUGCGUACUGCCUGAUCUGCUCAAUUUACAAGCCAAGGUGAAAGAAAGAAGUAGUAUGCAAUGGAUUGACACUCUUAACUACCUGCGAGAGCUAUCUGGAGCAAUUGAUAUUAAAACUCACACCCUUUACUCUGGUGACAUACUAGUGGCAAGAGAAGUCGUAAACAUUAUAUUGGAUGCUGCCAACCGCUCUGACACGAUGCAAAGUCACUACGAAUCAAGAGUAUUCUUCAAUGCAUUUAUAACUGCAAUUGAACCAUUAGUAAACCAGAGAACUGUGUCCUCAUGGGGUGGAAUGCAUAAGGGUUCAACAGAGGCAUUGAAGAUUCUUGAUUUGAUUUGGAAGGCAGCAGGAAUCUUUGUAACACGUCAAAUAGCAGUCAUCAGGAACAACAGUUUAGCACUGCCAAACUUGUACAAAGAUCUUACGCUGAACAUCAGUUCAGCAAGCAUAAGUAUUGACAUUGCAAUUGUCGAACAGAACGUAUUUGCAGGCUAUAAAUGGCCAAACAUUACUGGACAAUUGGGACGAAAUUUUACAUUCUCUGUUUUGUAUCCAAAUACAUUGUUUAAAAAAGCUGCAGGGAGAAACAUACUUCAAGGUAUGUAUAGUUAUCUCGGAUGCUAUUCAGACGAUGCAAAAGACCACGUUCUCCCAACCAUAGAAAAAACACAUCCGUUGCUUACUGACAAUUUCCUAACUCGAGAAAAUGCAAUAUUAAAAUGUGCACUGGUUGCUAAAGAGAGAGGAUAUAAGGUUUUUGGAAUUCAAGAUGGCGGUUGGUGUGCCACAUCAGGUAAUGCCCAUACAAAGUUCAAAAAAUACGGAAAGGCAUUUAACUGUGUCAGCGGAAAAGGAGGGAUGCUCUCUUUUGAUAUAUACCAAAUAAAUGACUUCUUCUCUGGAAUCGUUACAUUAGUUCUAAAUGACUUUGGCAAAGUACUCAUUCCGGAGCUUACAAGCAUCGAUUCAGUCACUGUCCCUCGCCUUGGAUCAUCUUUGAUAGCAAGUGGCAUUUUUCCGGACACCAAUGGGUACUUCUUAAACAUACCCGAUCCAAUAACAGUCAAAUUUCCAAAGUUGACUACAAAUGGAACAGGUCAAAGCUGUCAUUUUAUUGAAGUAAAAAGAGAUGUGGUAUUUCAUUGGAAUGCUGAUGGCAAGGUCCUUCAAACAACUGAUCAAGCAGCAACAGAAUGUGCCUACUCACGUCCCGGUCUAUAUAUUUUGCUUUUCAACUACACUCAGCUAGAAUCGUCCCAGUUGCGAUUGCAGUCUAUGGACAAAUUGGUGUUUUCCUUUAUCAGUUGUGGCAUUUCGUGUGCUUGUUUCUUUCUAGCAGUAUCUCUAUCCUUUUACUAUGGUGAAAGCAUGGCUAUCUCUGCGACAAGUUUAAAUCAAGCCUUGAUGGCCGCUGCGACGCAGAUUGGGAUAAUCUACGGAAUCCACCAGAAUACCUAUCAGGCUGCUUGUAAAGUAAUAUCCAUUUCUCUUCAUUUCUCAAUCAUUUCAACGUUUGCUUGGAACGUCGCAGAAUGUUGGCAUUAUUACCGCACCCUGACCGUACCAUACAUCUCAGCAAGAAGCCUUUCGAGGACACCUUUGUUUGCUUUGGGAUACGGCUUUCCUAUUGCGGUCACGGCCCUUUCUGUAGCUGUUUUUUACGACCAAUAUAGCUACUAUCAAAUAUGCUGGAUGACUCAAAGAGUGCUGCUCACGCUCAUUGUUUUUCCCCUGGUUUUGCUUGUCGUAGCAAACAUCAUUUUGUUCGGAAUGGUGGCAGGAGCCUAUUAUACAGGCAGAAAGCAAGCAAAUCCCACCACUGGCAGCCCAUUGAAAUUGGCAACUGUCGGCCCAGCAGUUUUAGCUCUCAGCAACCAAAUCAAGUGCAGUGCUGUCUACUUUCUACUCGUUUGCCUUACUUCAGCGUUUGGAAUCUCAGCAGUUCUAAAACCAUUGGACGUGAUUAAAUAUUGCUACCUUACAUCGAAUUUGGUACAGGGAAUCGUCUUUCUCUCAAUCCAUGGCAUAUUCAAUAAAAAGUUGUCGACAGCUAUCAGAAAUCAAAAACAGAAAGACGACAACCUUGCAAAUGCCUUUGGUAUUUUCAACACAAGCCUGUCUCUUGCUGACAAUGACUCUUUGAAUCAGGAUUUUUUCUCCUUACAAGCAAAGCAACUGGAUGAAUCAGGCAAGGAACAUGGUUGGGAUACAAAAAUGUAGUAAAAUCAUGGAGACUUGUUGGCUUUAUUGCUACAGAUAAUCCAACUAGAAGCAUGAGUCCUUCUUUGACUAUUCUUUGCAACAGCGGCCACCAUGUGGAAAACAAAUCUGGAUACGGAUUACCAGAUAACAUAGAUUUUAUGUGGCUGGAAUUCAAUUGCUCUACAAAAGCAUAGCCUAAAAUCAUAUUUUCUUUGAUUAAGGUUUACACAAUUUAAUAUACAUUGAUUUGCAUAUGCAUAUGCACACAGUUGCUUUGCCUAAACAUAUGUGCACAAUUUUGUGUUGAUUAUAUCAUUUUGCUUUC